AUGAAACAAACUACUGACAUGGCGAUUACAUUAGAUUUGGAUAAUCUAAAGGAAUUAGAAUCAACCUAUUUAGACUGCUUAAAAGAUGUGCCAACCCCUGCCUCAAGUUUUAUUAGUAAAAUAAUGAGAAUGGAAUAUGAUUUAGACAAAAAUGAUGACAAACUAUUCGCAAUCUAUCUAAAGCUCUGUGGCAAUAAUUAUCAUUUAGAUGCCAUUCGAUUAACUGAUGCUGACUUAUCACCACUUUUUCUAGCCCUCUCACUUAAACCAUGCAUUACAGUGUUGGAUUUACGCUACAAUCGUAUAUCAGAUAGUGGAGCCAAGACAAUAUCUUCAUUUUUGAAUGUUGAUAACUUAUUGGAAGAAUUAAAUCUCAUGAGCAAUGAUAUUACCGAAGAAGGUGCGGAAUUUUUGGCUAAUUCCCUGAAGAAAAAUAAAAAUCUCGUCAUCUUAAAAAUGACUGGCAAUCCUAUCGGAUCUAAAGGAGGUUUAUGUUUUGCACAGGCAUUACAGGUUAACGUGACCCUUGAAUUCAUUGACCUUGGAGAAUGUGAUCAGGAUAUAACCAGUUGUAUUGCGUUUGCCACUGUUUUAAGACGGAACAAAUCUAUUAUUGGGAUUAAUUUAAAUCGGCAAAUACUAUGGACAUUACAGGAGGAACCAACUGUACACUUGGCUGAUAUGUUAUGUGUGAAUAGAACUUUAAAGGAAUUACACUUAUCUAAGUGUGAUAUGCAUGAUUUUGGUGCUGCACGUCUAGCUGAAGCAAUGGAACGCAAUGAUACUUUAGAACUACUGGAUAUUAGCGCCAAUCGUAUUUCAUGUGAUGGAGCAAUUUCUUUAUCGAAAUAA